CACAUCGCGAUGCUUUGCAAUGUUAUUUCUAUUUGGCUAUCACAUUGUUUGAAUCUAAAAUUUAUACAAUUGUUUAUUAUUCUCUGGCAUAGCUUUAAGACUGAAGGAGCUUUGCCGCCUGGUGCAGAAGACGAAAUUAUAUUAAUCGAACAUCUUCCUGGACGACAAGUACACCUUCAGGAUUUUUUUUGGACCGGUGCUGAAGACGCUCCACCAUGGUUAGAUCCCGAUCAGAUGCUUACUUUUUACGAAACACGAACUAUUCAUCAUACAGCAACAGUUUAUGUUCCUGGAGAGGAUUCAAAACAAGGUGAUAAUGAACCUAGACCAUAUGAUCCAGGAUGUACGUCAUGUAUUGAUCCUACACCCACGAUCAUUGAAGAUGAGGGAAUUGGUGUUCUUGUUGGUAGUGAUCCAGGCCCUCGAUAUUGGUUGUUAACUGUACUCCGAACGGGAGAAAGUGUUCCACCAAAAGUAGAACUUAGAUUAGCUCGAUUAUAUCGUGCUGCAUUUGCAAGACAGCAACAACGUCAUCUUGGACUUUUGUCAACAGAUCCACGACUCCGAAGAGUGACGAAAAAACGAAGUCCGUCAGAUAAUUUAAAUGUUAAAUUCAGAGAAACUACGGACAAUGGUUUAAAUGUACUAUUGAAUGAUUCAAGUGUAUCUAUUCAAUCACCAUCUGAUGAAUUUAAUGGAUUAAAUCAGAGUGACAUUGGAAAAAAAAUGAGGGAAGUAAAAAUUCCCAAUGAUAAAUUAUUUAUAGCUGCCAAUUUAAAUACUGAAGUAGACUCUUUGGAUCGGAUAGAUGAAUUGAGUUCUAAAAAAUCUACAAGAAAAAUAGUUGAAGAUUACAUUUUAACGACUGAUACUUCAAUGGUAGUUGAAGUUGUCUCAGAGGAUUCUUCAAUAAAUAAAAAUAUAAAGAAUCCACAAGCAUUGAGAUCUCAUGUAGAUGAAUUUUAUCCAGAUUUUCCUAAUGAAAGUGAUAUAAAACUAUCAUUUGAUAGUAAUACUUAUCCAAGUGUUAAUGAAAAACAAGACUCAAUGAAUCAAACAGACGCUUAUACAUUAUUAGAUAACCAAAAAAAAGUACAUGAAGUUAAGAAAAUAUCAGAUUCAAAUACACCUAAUUCACGACUGCGAAUAAAAGGUAUCGACAUUGUACAAGUAAGAAUGCAAAACACAACUGUACUUGAUGACGGAUCAACUAGGUUAAUUUAUUCUGUUCAUUUGGAUGGAAAACCUGUUCCUGCUGAAACAGCUGCCAAAGAUAUGGCACUUUUAUCUCCUCAAGAAGUAGCCUUGGAACUCGGUGCACCAGUAGUCAUUCAAAGUGAACCCUAUUUAAAAGAAACUCGACCACUAGCUCUUUCAAGAUCACGAGACGCUUGGUUACUUAUUGGAACCGCUGGAACCGCAAUCAUUAUUUUAGUAUUAGUAAUCGCCGGUCUUAUAAUUACUGCAAAAAAGAAAAGAGCUUAUAGUGCGGUUUCGGCUCCCCCGAAUCAAAGUAUUUUAAAAAAUGAUAAAGUAUAUUCCCCAUCUACUUUGGGAUUGGAUAAUACUGGAUAUACUUCGGAAACAGAAGGGCGAACGGAUGGUACCAGCCAGCGACAAACACCACCAAGUAAUUCUCGAACUCCAAUUACUACGCCCAUUACUCCCAACACAUUAAAUGAUGAUAUUCAAGAAUUAUCAAGUGAUAAUGAACAAGAUAUCAAAGGGCAUAUUAAUGAGACUUGGGAUUCUACAAACUAUUCCACAUUACCCGUGAAAUCCAAGUCUGGAAAGAAGAGAUUAACGAAAUCAAAUGCGAUAGAAAGAUCAGAGAGUUCAGAUUCAAUGGAAACGGUAGAUGAUUGCCAUGAGAGACGAAAAUCAGAGAAUGGUCGUGUUCAUUCAUUAGAAGAAACGGCAUCACCACAUUCAUACUUAUCUAUGCCUUCGUGUAAACUAUUUCCAAGCAUGAGAAGCGUCGAACCUUUAUCUAGAAUAUUAGAACCGUCAGUUAUAAGGAAUUUAGAUAUCGAAUUUGAAACUCCAGAGAUGUCAAGACGAGAAAAUGGUCUUCAUAAUAAAAAAUUAAAAGAUGAUUCAUUUGAACGAACGAGAAGUACUACGGUCAAAGAUCCGGGGGUAGUUGGGCCCAUUGUUUGGGAUCUUAGAAAACAUCGUAAUGUUGAAGAAAAUUCAGAGACAGACCCAGAACGUCAAUUACUGUCAUCAGGCCCAGUAGGUCGGGCAAGAAGACGACUUCACGAACUCCUAGAAGAUUCAUUCAGUCUUUUUGGGACAAAAGACGUAAAAACAAAAGAAGUGACCGCAAUAUCAACAUCAUUGCAUCCACCAUCGGUCGCAAUUUCACCAGAUCGUGUUACAAUGUGUUCGGAAUGGAAAGAGAAAUCGAUCCAUCCAAGUCCAGCCGAAAGCCCGAAAGACUUUCUAAAAAUAAGACCACGAACUUCACUACCUCGAAAUCUAGCCGAAGAAUCGAUCCCGGAAACUGGAAACACGACUCUACAACCCCGGGGUGCUUGGGGAUCGAGACCAAUGAGUGCAGGACCAUUUCACCGGCCAAAUUUACCGGAAGUCACCGUUACUCAGAUUUCCGCAAAUUCUCCUCUAACUCUUGAAGAUCCAGCAGUGCCUUUAAUAGCUGCUAUUAGAAAAGAAUUAGAAAAAUUUACACCGGAGCAAGUAUAAAACUCAUUCAUUCAUCUUUCAAUUGCAUUCACCAACAUUCAAACGUAAACUAGUGAUGGAUUUUUUUACGGAAGAAUGACUCUCUUAGUGCAUUUAUAUGUCAAUUUUUUAUAAUUCCUUUAAAGUAUUACAAAGUAAAUAAGAAAGACUUAUAAAAUUAUUAGUAUUUCAGUUAUGCCUGUUAUAGAUAGUACAGGAUAAUCAAACAGUCAGUAGUGAUGGCAGAAUAGUGAAUCAGUGUAAAUAAAUCAUUAGCAUUAGUUCCAUAUGUAUAGUGAAAAUCAAAGCUGAUACUCA